AGAUUAGUUUUUAAAACGCGUCACUAAAAAGUUCAUAAUGGCCUAUAGCCGAUUCUUUUCUGAAUCCGAAGACAACGCUGAGUCAUGGGUCGUGUGAUAAGAGGUCAGCGAAAAGGUGCAGGAAGUGUCUUCAGAGCUCACACUCACAAGCGAAAAGGAGCAGCUAAAUUACGAGCACUAGAUUUUGCUGAAAGAAAUGGUUAUAUAAAAGGAGUCGUUAGAGAUAUUGUUCAUGAUUCCGGACGAGGUGCUCCACUCGCUGUUGUAGUUUUCAGGGACCCUUAUAAGUUUAAGCUAAGAAAAGAGCUAUUUAUUGCUACUGAAGGGAUGCACACCGGCCAGUUUGUAUAUUGUGGAAAAAAAGCUGCAUUAACAAUUGGUAAUGUUUUACCCGUUGGAGUUAUGCCAGAAGGAACAAUUGUAUGUAACCUUGAGGAGAAAUCUGGUGAUCGUGGAAAGUUGGCUCGUGCUUCUGGUGAUUAUGCUACUGUAGUAUCACACAACAAAGAAAGCAACGUUACACGUGUCAAAUUGCCAUCUGGUGUUAAAAAAGCCAUUCCCUCUUUCAAUAGAGCAUCAAUUGGUAUUGUUGCUGGAGGUGGUCGUAUCGAUAAACCUAUUUUGAAAGCUGGUCGCGCUUAUCAUAAAUAUAAAGCAAAAAGAAACUGCUGGCCAAUUGUUCGUGGUGUUUGCAUGAACCCUGUUGAACAUCCUCAUGGUGGUGGUAAUCACCAACACAUUGGUUUCCCAUCAACUGUUGCUCGCGAUACUCCUGCUGGUCGUAAAGUCGGUCUCAUUGCUGCUCGUCGGACCGGUCGUGUUCGUGGUGCUGCUAAAAUUAAAGAUGCUCCUGAAAAAGAAUAAAUUCCCAGUAAACUUAAA